AUGCCCAAGAAUGCGGUGGUCAUCUUGCGCUAUGGCCCAUACAGCGCAGUUGGCCUGUCUGUGGAGCACCGCACGUUCCGCCUGGAGGGCCUGCAAGCUGUGCUGGCUGAAGAUGGACAUGAGGUCAUUCUAGAGAAGAUUGAAGACUGGAAUGUGGUAGAACUCAAGGUGAAUGAAGAAGUUAUCUUCCACUGCAACAUCAAAGACUUGGAAUUUGGAGGUGAUGGUAAACUAGACCCUCUGUGCCAACAGGCCAGAGUAGCUGUGCUAAAUGCCUACUGAUCUCUUCGUUGGAACAGGGAUCUCAAGUCAAAAGAACAGCAACUGCCUCCGUGGUUCAGUGAUACAAACAAAGCAGGCUCCACAGUCAGAACAAGGCAAGACCAGUCUGUCCUUCAGCUUAAACAGGAUAGGAUUUCUCACCCAAGAGCAAGAAAAUAGGACCUACAGAAACAAUGCAACCUCAUCAUUUGCAGUUUCUUUCCAUCUAAAUCCAUAGAGAGAGCCUUGAAAUAUCAGGUACAUGUUGAGCUGAAGGAAAUAAUAAAGUGCAACGUAAUAACAAAGCUCCAUCUCUUAUUAAUAACACAUAGUUGCCAGAAGCAUCUGAGAUUCCAUUUUAUUGUUAGGAAAGAGAUAUGAACAGGUAAAAUUGAAGAUGAGCAG